AUGAAUAUUUCUGAUAUUUCAGCAUUAGCUUAAUUAAUAUAACCAGAUGAAGAGGAAGGAGCUUUUUCAAAUAUAAAUAACAACCCAAAUAAGGGAAGUAUAUUUGCACCAAGUGAUAUUGGAUCUAAUGGUCAAAAAAAAGAAGUCGCUAAACCAUAUGCUUAAAUAUAAGUAAAGCUUGGGCAAAAGGAUCAAGAGCAAUAAGUGGAACAGCAAUAGGAGAAGCCAAAAAAAAAAGCCUUAGAUAAAAAUGAUAUAUGGGAUAUUGACGAAAUUUAAGUGCAAAAUAGACCAAAAAUGGACAAUAGGUAAAGACCAGAUGUUGAUGUAUUGUACAAACAAUUAGUUGGAACUGAGGAUGUCUUUGGAGGAUGGAGUGGAAUUGAUCCAAGCUCAACUAAAUGUUAAGGAUUAUUAGUAAAGAUUAAGUUACCCGAUACUAAAUUGUCAGAAAUAAACCUAGAGGUGAUGAAACAACAGAUUAUAAUGUCAAGCACUUAAUAUUAUUUGGAUUUUAUCUUGCCAUAUCCAGUAAAUGAAAAAAUGGGAAAGGCAAAAUUUGUAUCAGACAAAUCAAUAUUGGAAAUAGAAUUACCAAUUAUUCGUGAAGAAUUAUAUUGA